AUGACAGACUAUGUUCUUGGUCAAGUGGCGGCUGGUUUAACGAAGUCCAAAUCAAAAGUGAAAGAAAAUAAGAAGUUAGCUGCUCUUUUCACUGUGAAAGCUAAACCUCCAGAACCACAGAAAGAAAAUGUCAAGAAACCUGACGUCAAUAUAAAUGAAAAAGAAAAGUACAAUUUUGUUUGUAGGGAGGACUCGACCGAAAAACCAGUACACUGGAGUAAACUAACUGGAGCUGCUAGAAGAGUGGCUAGUAAAGAAUCCAGAAAGCAUGAUACCAGUAAAGAUCAUAGAACAAUAUUUAUUGGCAAUUUACCAUUAUCAUUAGCUCAUAAAACAAAAUUAAAGAAGUUAUUUGGUAAAUAUGGUGCUGUAGAGAGUUUACGGUUUAGAUGUCCACCUACUAAAGAUUUGACAACUUCUAAACGUGUUGCCGUCAUAAAAAAAGAGUUCCACCCUGAGCGAGAUAAUAUGAUAGCUUAUGUUUGUUAUAAAGAAGAGUUUUCAGCAGAAAAAGCACUUUUUAUGUAA